GUUCAUGACCUUUUGGAUUCAACCAAGUAUUGGCGAAUUGUUUUACCCAUGUCGGCCACCGUAGCGAAGUGACAACACGGCAAAUAAUUGGGUGGAUGUCAGUGGCUAAGCCGCUAGCAUUUUUGCCUAUCCAAGCUAGCUUUGUACAUUUUCUGGUGAUCAGGGUGCCAUAACUGCAAGUAAGUCUUGAGGAAUAGGAAGUGCUCGCCUGAAGAGGAAGAUGAGGCUGAAGGAGAUCCAGAGGACCGCCCACCAGGCUUGGAGCCCUGCUUCGCAUCAUCCCAUCUACCUGGCCCUAGGUACAUCAGCACAGCAGCUUGAUGCCUCUUUCAACACCACUGCAGCCCUUGAGAUAUUUGAGAUGGAUUUUGCUGAUCCCUCACUAGACAUGAAGCUAAAGGGUUCCUUGCCAACCACAAACAGGCUGCAUAGUAUCGUAUGGGUGAAUUUUGGAUUGGGAGCAGAUGGUACUGGAGGAAGACUGGUCAGUGGCAGUGAAAACGGUGCAAUAACGGUCUAUAACGUGGAAGCCAUACUAGGAUCUGCAGCAGACGCCGUAGUAGGACAAUCGGACAAGCACACGGGCCCAGUGCGAGCACUGGACUUCAACCCCUUUCAGAGUAAUCUCCUGGCGUCGGGGGCAAACGAUUCAGAGAUCUACAUAUGGGAUCUGAACAACUUCAACAAUCCUAUGACGCCCGGAGCCAAGUCCCAGCCUGCGGAAGACAUCAGCGUUGUCUCAUGGAACAGGCAGGUGCAACACAUCCUGGCCUCUGCCAACCCCAGUGGGAAAGCCGUUGUCUGGGACCUGCGAAAGAAUGAGCCUAUCAUAAAGAUCAGCGACCACAGCAACAGGAUGCACUGUUCAGGAAUGCUGUGGCACCCUGAGGUGGCCACCCAAUUGGUCCUGGCCUCGGAAGACGACCGCAUGCCUGUCAUCCAGAUGUGGGACCUGCGUUUCGCUACCUCCCCUCUCAAAGUCCUGGAGAACCACACGAGGGGAAUCCUGUCCAUUUCAUGGAGCCAGGCUGACCCAGAACUCUUGCUGAGCAGCGCAAAGGACAACCGUAUCCUGUGCUGGAACCCAAACACAGGAGAGGUCAUCUACGAGCUGCCCACCAUCAACCAGUGGUGCUUCGAUGUCCAGUGGUGUCCCAGGAACCCGGCGCUGCUCUCCACCGCAUCCUUCGACGGCAAGAUCAGCGUCUACUCUGUGAUGGGCGGAAGCCUGGAAGGCCAGCAGCAGAGCUCUGUGGAUAAGAUCUCCUCCUCGUUCGACAACAUGGAUCCCUUCGGCAUGGGCCAGACCCUCCCUCCCCUACAGGUGCCCCAGCCCACGGCCCAGACCACCAUCGUCCCCCCGCUCAAGAAGCCUCCCAAGUGGGUGCGGAGGCCGGUGGGGGCGUCUUUCGCGUUCGGCGGUAAGCUGGUGACCUUCGAGAACCCUCCGCCGGCCCCGGCCCAGAGCCCGCAGCCCGUCCCGCGGCAGGUGUUCGUGAGCCAGGUGACCACGGAGACAGAGUUCCUGCAGCGCAGCCGGGAGCUGCAGGCGGCCCUGCAGGCCGGGACCUUCGUCCACUACUGCCAGGCCAAGAUCCAGAGCGCCCCCUGCGACGCCGAGCAGGACAUCUGGAAGUUCCUCAUGGUGAACUUUGAAGACGAGGCUCGUGUUAAAUUCUUGAGACUUCUGGGCUUUAGCAAAGAUGAAUUGGAGCGAAAGAUUUCAAAAUGCCUGGGGAAGAACUUCCAGCCCAAUGGACACGGAGUGGACCCUAAGGAUUUGGCUGAAAAGAUGCAGCUGCUCUCCACGGAGAGGGCGGAUGAAGCCGGCGCUGUAUCCGACACCGGCUCCACGUCGCCCACAGACUUCUUCAGCCAGAUCCCUCAGGACAAACCCAGCUUCCAGAUCCCAAUUUCAUCUGACACUGACGGGCUGAUCAGCCAGGCGCUGCUGGUGGGGAACUUCGAGGGCGCGGUGGACCUGUGUCUGAACGACGGCCGCUACGCCGAGGCCAUCCUGCUGUCCAUCAGCGGCGGGGAGGAGCUGCUGAAGAAGACCCAGCAGAGAUACCUGGACACGCAGAAGAACAGCAUCUCCAUGCUCAUCUCGUCGGUGGUCACCCAGAACUGGAGGGACAUUGUGCAGAGCUGUGAGCUGGACAACUGGAAGGAAGCUCUGGCCGCUCUGCUGACCUACGCCCACCCUGAGGAGUUUGCCCCCCUGUGUGACACGCUCGGCGGGCGUCUGGAGACGGAGGGGACGGAGAAGCGCUCCCUGCAGGCCUGCCUCUGCUACAUCUGCUCUGGGAACCUGGAGAAGCUGGUGGAGUGCUGGGCCGCGCAGAGGGACUGCUCCUCCCCACUCGUCCUGGAGGAUCUGGUGGAGAAGGUGAUGAUCCUGCGCAAGUCCAUCGAGCGCCUGCGCAACAGCGAGGUGCCCCUGCAGAGCCCCACCCUGGCCGAGAAGCUCACCUGCUACGCCGGCCUCCUGGCGGCCGAGGGCAGCCUGGCCACCGCCAUGACCUACCUGCCCGACAACUCCGAUCAGCCAGGGGUGGUGUCGCUGAGGGAGCGGCUGUUCCACGCCCAGGCGGAGCCUCCCGCUGCCCCGGCGCCCGGCCCCGACCCCGCCCGGGCCGCCGCCCCUUACAGCAGAGUGGGCGUGGCCACCGCCAAGCUGGCCCCCGCCCCCCAAGCCCCGGCGCAGAACGCACAGAUCAUGAGCCAGUACCAGCCCGUCCCCCCGGCCCAUCAGAUGGUUCCGGGCGGGCAGCGCCCCAUGCCGGCGCUGUUCACCCCCCACGCCCCCGGCCCCAACCCCGUGCCCGGCCAGCCCCCCAGCGGCCACAUGAUGAGGCCCAGCGCGCCACGCCCGCCCGCCCCCACGCGGCCGUCCUACCCCCAGCAUCCCGCUCCAGGAUCAGGGUUCCCCGCUGCCCACCAGCCCUUCCAGCCCUUCCAGCCUCAGCCCAUGCACAUGGCCCCGCGCCCCGCCUUCCCUCCGCCGGGGCCCUCCAUGCCCGCCGCCGGCCUGUCGGGCCCCCCGCUGCCGUCCUCGUCGUCCGCUCCCGGGGGCCUAGGCUCCAUGCCCACCCCGGGCCUGCCGCCCAUGGGCUUCAUGCCCUCCUCCUCCAUGCCCAGCGCUCACUCCCAGGGGCACUUCCCCAGCAUGUACGCCCCCGGGCCCGGGCACGGCCAGGGGCAUCCUCCGCCACCCAUGGCCGGGGCCCCGUACCCCCCACCCAGCCCCGGGUACCCGCCCGGGGGACCCGGAGCCCCCGCUGUGAGGCCCUUCUCUCCAGCAGUCAAAGCUCCUCCUCCUCCUCCCCCUACAGGGUUCUUCCCUUGGCUGGGUCCCCAGUCUGGUGAUCAAGGGGGUCAAGAUGGCUGGAAUGACCCUCCUGCAGUGCGCGGUGGACCCAGGAAGAAGAAGGUCCCUGAUAACUACACUCCUCCGACCCCCAUCACGGCCCCUGUGAUGGGCUUCCAAGGGGAUGCUGGUCAGCCCCACGACCACGCCCAAGUCCCUCCAGGGGCCCCACAGGAGCCCAGUGUUCAGCUCCUCCAGCAGCUGCCGGCCGAGCGAGUGGAACAAAGGGAGAUCCCGGCCGAGCACAUGAUCCUCAAGAGCACCUUUGACAGCCUGGUGCAGCGAUGCCAACUGGCUGCCGCAGACCCCCAAACCAAAAGGAAACUGGAGGAUGCGGCCAAGCGACUGGGAUACCUGUAUGACAAGCUGAGAGAGCAGUCGCUCUCCCCCAGCAUCCUGGGCGGCCUGCACGAGAUCAGCCGCUGCGUGGGGGGGCAGAACUACCCGCGCGGCCUGGAGGUCCACACUCAGGUGGUGGGCAGCAGCAACUUCAGCGAGAUCUCCGCCUUCAUGCCCAUCCUCAAGGUGGUCAUGACCAUCGCCAACAAGCUGGGGGUCUGACCGUCCCGGCCUGCUGGGCGCGGGGGGGGGGGGACACCGACACACCCACACACUCUCGCUCCGAAAAAGGGAGGGUGUUAAAAGAUGGUAUUUGUUAUAUAAAUAUAUAUAUUAAUAUUUAUUUCUUCUCUUUUGUGCUCAUGAUGGAUGUGGUUUUUGGUUGUUUGGAGAAUGGGUAAAGGAUGUGCCGAGAGUUUAAAGAUGAGGUAAGGUCGCAACCGUGGUCCAUAUUUCUACAUUGAGAUGAAUGGUCGUUGUUUGGCGGGGGUUCAAUCCUUAAAAUGGUUAGUCGUCGUAACUUAAUCGGCUGGUAAAUAUGUACUUAGAAUGCAAAGAUGCCCCGACGUUGUGAUUAAUGCUGUAGCUAGACACGCAGCACAGUGAAAUAGUCCUCUUAUUUCAGGUUCCCGUUAGCCACUUCAAGUUUUAAACAGACGAUUAAAAUAAAACAGGACAUCACUCCGACGGAAGAAAGCACUCGGAACCGCGAACACAUAGAAAUCCAGACCCUUUGACCUGGAAGGAAUGUCCUGAAAUAAUGACUGUAUGUACCAUAGUACCCUAGCCUCUCCCACUUAAAGCGUUGUGCCAUUUGAUGAUUCUUGGGCCAAAGCACUGAACAGAAUGUCAUUUCAAACAAUGUUGGUCUAGUCGCUGGAUAGUUUAGUUUCUUUGUCUUCAAUUUUGUCAUUUUGUGCUUGUGAGAGUUUAGGCAUUUCCCUCGGAAACCUCUGUCCGUGAUCAUGCCCGUCUUCACCUGUGUACCUUCAGCUCCUGAGAGAACCGGGCAGCUCACCGAUGUUGGUUCAUAGAUACAUUUUCUAUUGAAUUGAUCAAUUUCCUCAACCAAUGCUUUUGCAGUGUCUGUUGCGUUGUCUAAUGUAUCCUAUAGGCUGCCCUCCAUUACAAAAUGAUUAUAUUUUUUGUUUUAAAACCAUUGGUUGAUUUGUCUGAAAAAAAAUGAACGUAGUGAGUGCUGCAAUAGAGGACAAACUGUAUGGAAAAUGGCUGGUGUGUUGUCAUUUGAUGGCGGUUCAACAAAGCUGGAGAGAAUGUGUAUAUUAUUGCAACAGAAGGCAUUGAAGUGCCUCAGUGCUCAUUUUGGUUGCACCGAUAUUUCUACAAUCCAUGUUGCUUUAUGGUUUUAUGUAUUUUUCAAAUAAACUAAAAAUAAAGAAAUAAAUUCAAAACAGACAAAUUUGAUGACUUUGCUUCCGUUCUGGAAUGUCUGAGAAAGUAUUUACUAGUAGUUAAGAUGUCAGAAUGCCAAUGAUCUCAGGAACCUUUUGUAUUAUUAUGUCGAUUUCGAUUACACUUGAUAAAAAUUGCUUUAAGUUGGGCUGUUCUAAUUAUUAUAAACACUACUUAGAACUACGAUUAUAUACCGUUUAACGUCAGCGCCAAACUGCAAUGCGGCUGUGUAUUGCAGACUGCAGCCAAGUCCCGCCCUUAGGAUGUUGUAUGCUACAUUUCCUGUUGGCUUACCUUGGUGGGGGUACGACUAUUUAUC